GGCGGCGGCAGCGGCCUCCACGGAGACGCCAAGUCGCCCCCUGCGCCCCACAACAAGGCGCUCGCCGGCGUCAAAGGCGACCAGCACCCCUCGAUGGCCUUCCUGCAGAACCGGUCUAUUUCGCUGGUGGACAUGUACAUUGACAACUCGGAGCCGUCGGAGAACGUCGGCCAGAUACACUUCAGCCUGGAGUACGACUUCCAGAACACCACGCUCAUUCUCAGGAUCCUAACGGCGAAGGACUUGCCCGCCAAAGACAUCACGGGUACUUCGGACCCUUACGUCCGCGUCACGCUGCUACCUGACAAGAAACACCGGCUGGAGACAAAGAUCAAGAGGCGCACCCUCAACCCGCGCUGGAACGAGACUUUCUACUUUGAAGGGUUUCCCAUUCAGAAGCUGCAGAGCAGAGUACUGCACCUCCACGUCUUUGAUUACGAUCGCUUCUCUCGAGAUGAUUCCAUCGGCGAAGUUUUUCUUCCUCUCUGCCAGGUGGACUUGUCAGAGAAGCCAUCGUUCUGGAAGGCGUUGAAGCCGCCAGCCAAGGACAAGUGUGGGGAGCUGCUGACGUCCCUGUGCUACCACCCCAGUAACAGCAUCCUCACCCUCACUCUACUCAAGGCUCGCAACCUCAAAGCCAAGGAUAUCAACGGAAAGUCAGAUCCCUAUGUGAAAGUAUGGUUGCAAUUUGGAGACAAACGGAUUGAGAAACGUAAGACGCCCAUCUUCAAAUGCACUUUGAACCCCAUCUUCAAUGAGACUUUCAGCUUCAACGUGCCGUGGGAAAAAAUUAGGGAAUGUUCUCUGGACGUAAUGGUGAUGGACUUCGACAACAUAGGAAGAAAUGAACUGAUAGGCCGCAUUCUCUUGGCUGGUAAAAAUGGCUCUGGAGCAACCGAGACUAAGCACUGGCAAGACAUGAUUACAAAACCCCGACAGACAAUUGUACAGUGGCAUCGACUGAAACCAGAAUAAGGGCAGCAGUUCAGUAUUUCACUACCGUAUUUACUAUUUUUGUGUGUCACGUCAUUCCUGACUUGAUGAAGAGUAAUUGUUUGCUUCCCGUGAAAUUUACAUACAUGUAUUUGUUGAUAAUCGCUCAAGAAAUUCUCUUUUAGAAAAUUUAAUCCAUACUGCCAUAGUUACAUUGUUUUAAUUUGUUUCAGUAUGAACUCUGAUCUCUUUGGAAACUUGACGGUCAGUCCAUUCACAGUAAUAAACAUUGUUCCCGCUGUUGCUAGUACAUAUAUCUGUUUGAUUUUGGAUUUGUUUACCCAACAGCAAAUAUAUUGCACAGUAAAUACGGUAGAGAACUGGGAAAUAAAGUAAGAAUUAUAUAAAUGUGUACAUAUAAAAUGAUGAUGUAGUCUCUCUAUACUCAUCUGUGUCUAAGACUAGUUGCAUGUUUAUAUAUCUGUUGACCAUCUGUUAUUCAGCUGUCCGAAACGUAAUUUUUUUGCUACACCUUGCAGUGUUAAUAGUUAUACCACUAAUAUCAUGAAAUGAUAUCAUGUUAAUUUUAUUCUUAGGCCACAUAAUUAUUUUGGCUUCUCUGGAGUACUAUAAAACCUUUCAUGCUUGACAAUGGAGCAUAUUUUAUCCCACUGUACCAUAUACUUCUGUGCUCGAUAUGUACAUACAUGAUCUCUCUCUGACAUUGUAUUCUUAUCAUCAGCUAUGAGUGUAAUGCUGUUUACAAGUAAUUGGAAAAUUUUAUAGUCUAUCUGAUGUAUUGUAACCAGAUUAGCAAAUAAGUAGCGUAAUGGUAGUGUGAAAUAAUUUUUCUGGAAUACUAUUUAUUUAUGUAUUUUAAAUAUCUAUUGAAGAAGGUAUAUGUGCCCUCAAAUUGUGACCCUCUCCUUAAAAUUCUCCUUUUUUGGAAAAAAAUCAUGUAUUCUCAAGAGAGUCUCCCUUUUAACAUAAAUUCUCAAAUAUAGCAGAAAAGUGAUCAUUACACUAGCAAAAAUUAUAUAGCAGGAAGAGUAAAGCCGAAAGAGAAUAUUGGGGAUAAUAUUAACAGAGAGACAAUUAUUGUUAAAACUGAAUACAAUCUGAUUUGAGUUGUAUAGUUAUGUUUACCACAAAUUAUUAAAAGUGAUCUGACACAUAAAUUGUUACAUAUUUCUCGUUAUGUACAUUUUUAUCUGAUUGUUAGAGAAUUUUCAUAAUAAAUGUCUGUCAACAACAGUGUUACAUGUAAUUAUACAUAUUUAAAAUUAAUCUCAAUGUAAGACUUCUUACAGUUAAAAUGUACACAAUGGUUUUAUUUAAUUUGCAUGUCAGUGUAAGAAAAUUUCAUUGUCAUAACGUUCUUUUGACCAAAAUCAAAUAAUCAAUCCUGUUAUCAUAAACCUCUGAUUCAUUUCAGUAAUCCAGUACACAAUAUGUCAAAUGAAAAUACUCCUUAUUUUCGUCACAUAACUCAAAAUGUGAUACCUGGCAAGACAGUUAGUAAUCCUGGAAUUGUUAAUUACAGUGAUAGGAAUUUUAGGAAUUCUACGUUCUGUUUGAGAUAUUUUUGAAAACGAAUGUUACUUUGCACAGCAAUUUUUCUUUCUCAGAUUAUUUGCUGUUAAAGCUAAAAAUUUUAUUUACUGCAACACAUUUAUCAAUAAUCUUGUGUCAGUAACACAUUGAUUCUGAAAGAGAAGAAGGUAACUUCGUGAUGUAAGAAAAUGAAAGUCAUAUAGGACAUUUUCUAAUAUCUCAUUUACAUUCACAGGGAAUGAUUUGUUCAGCUUUGUCUAUUUAACAUUCUGGCUUGUUUUGAAUCGUUCUCUAACUCUACAGCUGAUAAAUAAUUAUUUCUUAAUUUUCUAAGAGAUGGCUAUGUAAUUUCUAAUAUUUUCAUUUCUCUGAAAAGAGCAAAAGUUGCCAUUUGUGAAAUCUUUAGACUGAAAUUUUAUUUGUUUACUGUACAGAAUAUAUUUAUUUGUUUACUGUACAGAAUAUAUUAAAGACUGUAAGUGGUUUCAAUCAAAUGUGAAAAUCUUCCACAUAAAUCAAUAAUAUAUGAACUUUGGUUUUAUUAUGUUACUUAUCAGCUGCACUGAAAAAAUCUAAGAUUUCAUUUCAUAAUUAGCUUGGAAUUGUUGGAAUGACAAGUACCACAGACUUUAUCUCAAAAUACUGUACUACAAUCGAACAAAUUUCUGUGAUAAUCAGAACUUGAUUAAUGCAUGUAGAUGUAUAAAAGUCGCAUUUUUAUCAGAUGUAAUGAACCAAUUACGAAUUUUGUUAGCCAUGAAAGGAUCUGUUUUAUAAAUAUGAUUAUAGUAACAACAGUAUGCUAUUACUGUCCUAUAUUUAAAAAAUGAAUAAAAUAACUUAAGUAUAGAAUAUGUGUUUUACAUGAGUAUAGAUUAUAAGACAACAAUGUAAUCUGAUUUCAAACAAAUUUUAGAGGGGCCAAUAACUUAUAUUAUUCUGCAUAAAGCUGGACUGUGAUUUCGGAAUAAACGUUUCUUCCUUAUUUGGUACAUCUUUCAGUAUACUGCAGAGACUUCAAAGGACUGGCCCACUGAUAUUAUUGAAUGUGCCUGUUACUCUCUAUCCUGACAAUAUUACAUUUUUUAAGUUUAUGGCUUGCUGUAGCUCUGUCUUAAAAUUCAGGUGACAUAAGCUCAGUCUCAAAAUUCAUACAUAUUGCAAUAUGUUUCAGAAGCAUCAAGCUGAUAAGUUACUAUAGUGAUUGAGUUCAAUGAUUCCUUUUAACUGUGUUUUAGUUAAUAAACGCUAACAGACUUACCUGUUCAGAACAAUGAAAGAAAUAUUGUAGGUACUAAUGUGUUCACAAGCAAAGCAUGUUAAAUCUAUCUUAAUUCAGUGCAAUGUUAUUUCAAAGCCUUAUAAUUUUUAUCACUACUUAUUUACUAAAAGCUACCUUUUUGAUUUGUGAUAUGGAAACAAAGUAGCAUGUAUUCCAAAUCAUGCUUAUCCACUCUUCUAUUUUAUCUACAGAAAACACAAACUUAGCAAUAACUCUCUUACAGUUUUUCCUCAUUCCCAUGUGAGACUUUUCAGGUCAAAAACAAGAAUAUAGCUUUGAACAUUGUAGGAGGAGCUUUAGGGCCAUAACUUUAGAAAUAUUCACAAAAGCUGGGAGUAAUGUAUGCCCACAGUAACCAUGCAGUAUAUGUUGCAUUAUCAAUGAGGCCUGGCAAUGUAAACAGACUAAAAUCAUCCAGUAAGAAGAGAGAAUGGCAUAGAAAAGAAGUAGAUGUUAUUAGUAUAUAAACAGACUUUACAAUAAGUACAUAAUGAUGGCCCAUAUGAAUAUCAUACAACAAAUAAUCAUGGCUAUUUCUGUAAUACACAAGGCUUGAAGACUGCCACAAAAGUUAUAAUAACCUGUUUCACAAGUUUCAGCGGAUUUUAUCAGUGAUUCAUUGAAUUUAACUUCCAAUAGAUACACAAAUAAUGCCAAACAACUCAAGAAAGUUACAUCAAAGUGUAACAUAUCUCAGAAAUUAAUGCCCCACAAGAACUUUUCACCCAAAACUGCAUUUCUCAUCAUACAUUAUUUUCUUUCUAAUAUCCUGAUUUCAAUUUGCAUGUUGCAGAGUAAUUCCAUUUGUGAUCUAAUUCACAUUGUGUCAGUAUGAACACAGCAAUAAUAUUAAUGCUUCUUGUAUGUAAAUUUAUGACUUCAUUAUGAGACAGCUAAACUCAGUUUCAUUCUCUCUCUACAUUAUACCUUACAUAUUUAUGCUGCUUUCUCUCUUAUAUGCCUUCACUGUAUGUUUUUAAGACACUAUAUUUUAUAUGUUAGCAGUGUGAGAACAUAUAUCAUUUAAUUUUUAUGAUAUUUUCUUUAGAAUGUGAUUCAGUAUGACAAACUGACUGAACUGACCUGAAUAAGAACUUUUAAAAAUGACAAUAAUCAUUCCUGUUCCUCUGGCCUCAGAAUUUGGAAAAUUCAUUUGUUAAAUUUAUGAGCUCCACAUGUCACAUUUAGUGGAACAUAUAAAUAACUUAUUUUAUUUCGGUAUGUGUUGCUAUAGAGUAAGCUCAAAAUUUCAGCAAUAGAAAAGAUUUGCAGAAUAAUUCUUAUUUCAUGCACAGCCAUAUAAUUAUCAUUCUUGAUCAUUUGAUAUGAAAUAUUUUGUUUGGAAUUGCAGCACAUGAACCCAAAAACAAAAAUCUCUUCAUUGUUAUAGAAACCAAUAUACAUAGUCAUUGUCCUGAGGUUUGUAAUGAAGACACAUUUUCCAUGUUCUGACUGCAAAAACUUCAGAGAUAUACACUACAUCUGAGUUUUUUCUAUAAUAUGAAAUUAACAAUAACAAGUGAACAUUUAGUCGUUAUUAGAAAGCGAACUUAGUUCUGAAUUACACAAGAAUGUCAAAGAAUACAUGAGCCAUUCGACUUCAAGACAUAGGAAGAGCAUGUGAAUAACCUAGUAACUAAAUGAUGAUGAUUUUUGAUUUAUGGAAGCAACUGAUAUGGAUUGAGCAGUUUGUAGAUUGAAAUGAAAAUCUAUGAAAUUGUAGUGCCUAUUGUUGAAUGUUACAGAUUAAAUGUUGUGCCAUAGUACCAUGAAGAGAAGACUAUGUACUUGUAAAAUAGAAUAGUCAGCAUAAAAGUUAAUUGGGUCAUUCUGUAAGAGUGUGUGUUUUAGAUAAUGAGUGUUAGUAGUGAUCUGUUAGUAUGUAAAAAGUGUAAAUGUGGAAUAACUAGCUUUUAAAACUGCUAAAAUGUGUAAAUGUUAUUCAAACCAUACCCAAAUACUAAAUGUGGGCAUAAUUGAUGUAAUUACUGUGCUAUCAGUAACAGCUUAAAUUCUAAUUUGCCAUGUAGCUAUUGAUUACUAGUGCAAUUGUCCAAAACUGUGGAAAUAAAUAGAACAAACAGGAAACCUACAGAACAUGUAAGUGUAUACAGUAGCUAGUAGCCACAGAGAGAAUGGUUCUUAUCUCAUGAUUGUGAAGAUCCACAUUUUUAAAUAUUUGUAGUUAUUUCCUAUUGUGGGACAAUUCUGUAACGAGAAAAAUACUUCCGUUCACUUAUGUAAAGAUUGCACUUCUUGAUACAGCUAAAACACACUGAUUUGUUUUGAAACCCACACAGGCAUAUUUCAAGAAACUGUCUACUAUAUUCCUCUGGUGACUUAACAGCAAUUUGCAGUUGUGCUGGAAUGCCAUCCUUUAAUGACAUUCAUGAUUUUUGUGUGCUGUUUUUAUAUAUGUGAAUAUUUUACUCUCUAACAUUUUAUCUUAGUCUGAUGCACUGUUGCUAUUUGUAUUGAUCUGAUGUUCCCUAUGGGCAGUUAAUAGUUUUUUCCUUAAGUGUUAAUUUCACUGUGAAGAAAGAGACAAACUGGGGAUACACAAAUAAUCUACAGUAGGCAUGUGUUCAGGUAUCUCAAAUAACUUAUGUAACUUACUUGGUUCAUUUUUAUUUUUCUUGUAAGUAUUCCACAUUGUGUAUGUGCUUACUUUGACUAAACACAAAACUUACCAUAAGGAAUGUAGCAUAUGUUGAAUUACUUAAUUUUAUACAUACCAAUUACAGUUAAUGAUUUUUUUACUAUCUUUUACAUAUUUGCUCAAACUGUGAAAAGCUAGUAAGCUGUUCAUCUAGUUUUUGUAGAAGUGUAGUUCCCAGAGCAGAUUAUUUCAAAUAUCUUUAACUUAGUGUCCAUGAAAAGCAAAAAUAAGAAUCUCAAGUCCUUACACAAUAAAUAAACUUUUGAAAAGAAAAAAUUAAUUUGGAUAAUGCAACAAUAAAGACCAAAACACAAAGAAAAUUGAACAUUGAGAAUAAGUGAUAAAAUAUAGAAAGCUUCAAAAGCAUUUUUCAUAACAUAAAUUCGCAUUUAUUGGCAAAAUGAAAGUGCAUCAUUUACUGAAAGUCAACAGGCUCCCACUAAAGUAAUUUCAGUCCAGUAAUAAAUAUUUCGUAAUUCUUGUUUGCAAACAUCUGCCAGAUCAACAUCAAUAAUGACACUUUAUCUAUUUCUAAAUGAAAUCUCAAGCUUCUAAAAGAUUGUCUUCAUGCUUUGCGUGGACAUUAAUGUAUGAAAAGAUAAAAUAUAUGAACUAAACGAAAAAUUUUCUUAAACAGAACAUAGCUCAGGUUUUCUUACAGAAUGACCCACAAUGUUACAUGUCUCACAUUUUCCCCAAAACUGUACCAUUAAAAAUGAUUUAGGUUGUAAAGUACUAACAAAGACCUUGUAAGUAUACUUCUGUUUAUAAAACACACUGUAUGUGGUUGAGUCAUUGACGCUGAUUUAAAAAAUUCUAAACAUAAAUAAUAUGACUAUAUACGCACAGAUCUCCUCCCUGUGAAUAGAUUGAAGAGUGAAGAGCAUCUAUAGAACUCAUAGUAUUACUUCUAAAAAUGUGUCACGUUGAUGAGGCAACCACAGUUCAGUGAAUAAUCCCAUACAGAACUGCAGUGAAAAUUGAUGUUGUAGGUACCAAUCAAAUUGAAACCAAACUGUCCUCUGUAUAAUGAGAAUUCAUGUUCAUGUACUGUACAUACAACCAAGUUUAUGUAGUUUUCAUAUGUGAUGUUGUUCUGUAUAGAGGGUAAGAGGUUAUGCCCACAGUGUACAAAAUCACCUGGAUGUAUAUUUAUACUUAUGAGCAUACAAUAUAAAAUAUAUUUUAAAUGUGUAACAGUAAUUUUAGUAACUCUUGUGAGUGUAGUAAGACAAAAAAGAAGUUACCUGUUUUCAUAGUGUGGAGAAAGUAUUUUUUGGAAGCUGGCAUUAUAAUUGUGAAAUGUAUAUUCAUAAAUGUUUAAUAUGCCUCAUAAGUUUAGAUUUUUUUAUGCUUUAUGUAGACAGCUCAGGCAUAUCAGUUUCUCAUUGCCUUGGUAAGCUGAUUGGAAAAUAAACCAGUUUUAGUGUC